UUGCGAACAUGGACAACAAGUGUCUGUAGUUUUAAACAGCGCUCCUUGGUUCGAAGUAUAUCGAGUUGGUCGCUGGGUGUCUCAGUUUAAAAAUUAAGGGGACUUAAGAAGGUAACGGGAUCUUCCGAUUCCCCAUUAAUCUGAAGUUUCGUUGUCUUUUGUUUUAGACCGACCCUACGGAUCCGCUGAAUCUCGGUGUAUUUCACCGAAACGUAUCUACUGACGUAUUUCAAUUCAGUAGAGCUUUUGGCGUUCUGCACGCGUCUUCAGUAUGGCCACGCGGUCCUUGACUGAGAGUUUUGCAUUUAUGCGGAACAAUGCAUUUCAAAACCGGCAGUUCUUCUCAGACCAGAAAACAAAUGAUCGGGAAGCCCUCGUCCCAAAGUCCCGAGAUGAUGACAUUGAGAAAACUUCACGGAGUCGGGUUCCUCAGGAAUGGCAAUCGCUGGUCAACUCAGUACAGUACACAUUUACCCUGAUCCAUCAGAAGAUGAAGGAACUAGUUGCUCUCCAUAACCGGCACCUGAUGGCAACCAAUUUGGACGACAACCUGGAUGAAGAUCAAGAAAUCGAACAACAAACCAAAGAGCUUACUGAGGUGAAUAUUUUAUCUCUAGCCUAUGCUUUGAAAUGCCAUCGCAAGAUGAAGCGUACACAAGAGAUUUUUGUCCAUGGCCUGCAAUUGAAAUCACGUGAUGAUCGAAUCCAAGGCUAUCUCUCUUGGGGCCCGUUGUUAGAAAAUAAUUCUACCGGACUUGACGAUUUUGGAGAUCAGGAAUAUCAGCUUUGGGAGGCACAAAAGCAAAAGCGAGAAAUGCUGUUGGAGGAAAACACUGCAGCGGUUGCUCAGCGCGAACAUGAGAUCAAUCAGAUCGUCCGAUCUAUCUACGAACUCAAUGAGAUAUUUCGUGAUGUCGCACAACUAGUAGUUGAUCAGGGCACACUGGUCGACCGAAUUGACUACAAUGUGGAGAAUACACAAAUCCGUGUGGAACAAGGCCUCCAACAACUGUCGAAGGCGCAACAUUACCAGUCCAAGGAUCGUAAAAUGUUGGUAAUCAUGGUACUGGCGACUCUUGUUAUCGUGUUUGGAAUUCUACUGAUUGUCACAAAAUUUCGCUAGAAAACAUACAUGUGGAAUACCUGCACAAUCCAGUCGCCUUUGUUGUGAGGUCACAACUUUAACGGUCCCCUGAUUCCACAACGGCUGAAUAUGGGAGAGAAAACUCUCAGUUCACUGUGAUAAAACAUUCGUGGAUUGAAUGGAAUUGUGCAAUGCUGUUUUUUUACGUUAUGUACUUUUGUUCUCGCAACUUAUCAUUCCAAGUCAGAAGUCUACAUUUUCUUAUCGUUGUGAUGUCAUAGUUGCGCGUGAAUUUUUCGAUGAAUA